CAACACUCACUCCAUCAUGGCCAAACGACAGCGCGAGGAGGCGGAAGCCGUCGCUGAACUGAGCGACACCAGCAACAAGAAGCAAAAGCUCAAGAAGGACAAGAAGGAGAAGAAAGAGAAGAAGGAAAAGAUUGCCGUCGAGGAUGCUGGUCAGGACACUACAGAGACGUUGUCCAAAGAGGAGCGCAAGGCAUUGAAGAGGGCAAAGAAAGAGCAAGCAAAAUCUGGCGCAGAAGAAACACCAUCAAAUGGUCAAGACGAUGAGGCUGCGGCAAAGGCCGAGAAGAAGGCUCGCAAGGAAGCAAAGAAAGCCGCCAAACUCGCCAAUGGCGGCGCAUCGGCGGGAAAGACAGAGGACACCGCUCCCGUCAAGACAACAUCCUCAGCCAAAAGCGUGACCAAAUCCGAAGCAGAAGCCUACUUUGCAGACAAACAAAUCGGCGUCGAAGACUCCCAAAACUCCUCCCUCAGCCCCAUCAUCUCCUUCGACACCCUCCCCUUCGACGAACCCACCAAAAAAGCCUACUUCUCCGACUUCAAAGAACCCUCUCCCAUCCAAGCCGCUUCCUGGCCCUACCUCCUCGCCUCCCGCGACCUCAUCGGCGUCGCCGAAACCGGUUCCGGGAAAACAUUCGCCUUUGGAGUGCCCUGCAUCAACCGCCUCCCCAAAUCCGGCAAGCACAUCCAAGUCUGCAUCGUCUCCCCGACCCGCGAACUCGCCUUGCAAAUCCAAGAACAAAUGACCAAACUCACCACCCCCCGCGGCUUGAAAGCGACCUGCAUCUAUGGCGGCGUCAACAAAGACGAACAGCGCCAAAUGAUCAAAGGCUCCUCCAUCAUCGUCGCCACCCCCGGCCGACUCAACGACUUCCUCCAAGAGGGCUCCAUCGACCUCUCCCACGUCAACUACCUCGUCCUCGACGAAGCCGACCGCAUGCUCGACACGGGUUUCGAACAGGACAUCCGCAAAAUCAUCCUCUCCACCGCCCCCUCCGCCGACCGUCAAACCCUCAUGUUCACAGCCACCUGGCCCCCGUCAGUCCGCGAACUCGCCUCCGAAUUCCUCCGCGACCCGGUCCGCAUCACCAUCGGCGACAACGCCAGCGGCGAGCUCCGCGCGAACAUGCGCAUCGUGCAAGAGGUGGAAGUCAUGGAUGAAUUCGACAAGCAGAAUCGUAUGCUGGAGGUGUUGAAACAAUAUCAAUCCGGGAAGAAUAAGUCGGAUCGCAUUCUCGUGUUCUGUCUGUAUAAGAAAGAAGCGACGAGGGUGGAAGAGACGAUAAGAAGAAGAGGGUUUAAAGUCGCGGGUAUCCAUGGUGAUUUGAGUCAGGAUAAACGUACGCAGAGUUUGGCGGCGUUCAAGUCGGGUGAAGUCCCACUCCUCGUCGCUACAGACGUCGCUGCGAGAGGACUGGACAUUCCCGCCGUGAAGCUCGUGUUGAACGUCACAUUUCCGUUGACGGUGGAAGACUAUGUCCACCGAAUCGGCCGAACCGGCCGCGCAGGCCAAGCCGGCCGAGCAAUAACCUUCUUCACACAAAACGAAAAAGGUCUCGCCGGCGCUCUGAUCAACGUCCUCAAGAAAGCCGAACAGCCCGUUCCGGAGGAAUUGAUGAAAUUCGGCACGACGGUGAAGAAAAAGGCUCACGAUGCUUAUGGAGCGUUUUACAAGGAUCCGGCGGAUAUGAAGAAGGCGACGAAGAUUACUUUUGAUUAG